AUGGAUUUUCUAGAGGAGCUCCCUGAACAAAUAUUUAGAGACAUCUUAUUAAGAGUGCCAUACAAAUCUCAACAACAGAUUAAACAGUUAUUGGAACGUGCUAAAGAAAUGAUGGAAUGUGUCCAAUUUUAUCAAGAUAGAAUUAAGUUUGGGCUGGCAGAGAAAUAUAUUUGUUUCCUCGAGCAUGCUGCGAUUUCUAUAUACGAUCCAGUCGAUCAAUCCUGUAUAAUGCGCACUCACAUUCCUACCGGUUUUCGUACCUUACCAGAUUCGCAGAUUCUGUGUGUUAAAAAUAAGCUUAUUUUGGUGGGCUUGACUUCUGAGAGAAAAUAUACUAUGGAGACUUUGAUAUAUGAUGUAUUAUCUGGUACAUGGAAGCAGGCUGCUCAAAUUCCAAUUGGCAAAAGGAGGUUUGCAUGUUGUGCCACACCUGAGGGAUCGAUUUACAUUGCAGGAGGAUAUGCCAAAUAUGAUAAUGCUGGUGAACCCCGUGAAGCAGCAGUUUAUAAAGUAGAUGAAGACAAGUGGGAGCUUCUUCCUCAGAUGGUCGAAGAAGUUGGCUUCUGUAGGGGUUUUUUUUUUGAAGGAAUGUUUUAUGUCAUUGGUAGUGUAUGUCAAAGAUUUGAUCCUAGCACAGGAGUAUGGUCAAUAGUAAAUAUGGGUCGGCAAAGUUUAUGGUCCAUCUACAAUCUAUUUGAACGACUGCUUGCAUUCAGCAUGAAUAGAAUAAUGCAAUAUGAUUGGGAAGGAAAUGUGUGGAGAGAAUUGGAUCCCCUCCCUAGAGUGUUGUGGGGUCAAGUUUAUGCCACAGAGUGGCGGGAUCAAAUUUUCUUGUGUGGAAAUGACGCGCCUUCCAUCGAUCACCCAACCAUUUUUUAUAUGUAUAAACCUGGAGCGCCUUUUUUUGAGAGGUGGAUUUCUCUUGACAAACUGAAGUUAGUGGGUAGGAAUGUCAUAUAUGUUGCCACGAUAGAAAUUUAA